CCAAACAGACACAAGCAGUCUCAAGUUGGACGGAUCAGCUGCAGCGGUGAUUGGCUGUGUAACUCCACAAGCUUGGUUCAGAAGCGUUUAAGGCCGUUUCGCACCCACCAUUUCAUUUGAUAGUUCAAUCGAGAGCAGUUGCAAUAGCCUCUGGAGGUUUGCAAGUCGCCAGUUGUACCUGAAACAACAUCAUGUGCGUUGUGUUCGAGUUGUAAGCAGACUUAGUGCUUAUCCUCAGUCGCACAUUGUCACAAAACCUUUUUAGUUCAAGGCUGUGUUUUCUGACAUAUUGGUCCGGAGAUGAACAAGAAAUUCAUUUCAGAGCAAAUAGAUGGAGCUACAAGACUUGGUCAUGAGCAGCUUGCUAAAGGAAAUAUUGACGAGGCUUGCAGUUCAUUCGAAAAGGCCGUUGAACUUGCAGAAAGGUUGAAAGAGGGAUUCACGGAAAGAGCUUGCUAUUUCAAUCUUGGAGCGUGUUAUGUUGCACGUGGAGAUCCUAAUCGUGGAGUAGAAUACUUGAAAAAAUCUUUUCCGCCCAAUAAGGAGUUGGACGGUAGGACAAAUUAUGCAGAUUUACAGUACAAUUUGGGAACUGCUUACGACGCGCUGAGCGACAUCCAGAAGGCUGUGGAAUGUUACGAGAUCGCUGCUGAAGAAUACAAAGCUCAAAAAAACUUGGAAAUGCGAGGAGAAACUCUUCUCAGACUGGGUAAAGACUGGACGAACAUCGGCGAUCUGAAAAAAGCUGCAGAAAUUUACCAACAAUGCGCCGAAAUAUUUCAGGAAAUGGGAGACAAAAAUACACAGUUGCUUAUUUUGAACAACCUUGCUAGUUUGCUCGGAGAAAUUCGGGAUAUUGCAGCCUGUGGUAAAGUGCUUGCUCAAGUUAUUGAACUUUGUCAAGAUGUCGAAGACAAUGGCUUGAAAUGUAAAGUUUACAAUGACAUUGGUCUUGUUUACAGUGGAUUGAAGUCUUAUGAGAAUGCAGCAGAAUGCUUUGAACUAGCACUUCCCCUUAUGCAUACUGAGAAUUCUAACAAGGAACUGGAAGCUGUUCUACAACAAAACUUAGGGGCAGUGUAUAAUCAGCUUAAGCAGUACAAUAAGGCUAUGGAGUGUCACAGGCAGGCGGUCAGCCUUCAUGGAGAACAUUCAAACAGGGUAGCCCAAGGGCAAUCCUUCUGUAACAUGGGAUUUGCUCAAAGUCAGCUGGGAGAAUACAACAAAGCUGGAGAGAGUUUCUCACAUGCAAUUCAGGCAGCAAAAGACUCUGAUGACAAAAGAGGUUUGUGGCAAGCUUAUGAGGGAUUAGCAGCAGUCAGCUUUCUGAGCCAGGAAUAUGACAAGGCAGUGGAGUAUUAUAAGUUGGCUCUGUCCGUUCUUUCAACUACUGGUGAAGCACACCCUGAACAUAACAGCAGAAUUGUCAGCAAACUUACAAAUGCAUUAGAAUGCCAAUUGAUUGUGUCAAAGCAAUUGAAUGGUAGGUUGCCGCCAAUAAGAUUGAACAGCAUGAAAAGUGAUGUUGUAGACAGUGUAGAGAGGAGUAAUAAGACAGGAAAGCGAGUUGGUAAAACACGCUCAAGACAGGAGCAUCAUCAGUUGAUUGCAAGGGGAAUUGACGGGGAUCAAACUACUUCCGAGGAGUCUGAGGGAUCAGGUUCGGGAGAGGUGUCCACUUCUAGCGAUGAAGAGGUGGAAGAGAAUGUACAGGGCAUCAAGGAUCGUCAUAUGUUCCAAAGGGUGACAACUACUGCAGCUGAAGUUCAUCAGGAGAGGAAAACAGCAAAUGGGAAAAGAGAAAGGAAAAUGACAUCUACAAGUUCGACUGAGGAGGAACAUGUUAUCAGGGAGAGGGAAAGAAGAGAGAGAAAAUACCGCCAAUCACAGAGAGCUAGAAAUUUGGCCUCCAGAGAACCACUGAAGUCAACACAAGGAGAUCACAUCUAUGAGCAGGUAACUGAUGACAGAGUGGCCUCCCCUGCAAGAAGUAAUUUUUCUGGUGAGAUGCCGCGGGCACACAGAGAAGCAUACUUGGCUUCAGUGCAGGCUUCCUCAUCACACAGGCCAGACUCACAAAUUUCGCAGGAGGAGCAAACUGUCCAAUCCAGAACUUGCAUUAUUCAGUAAUUAAAGGCUAAUAAUUACUAAUAGAACAGUUUUUUUAAUUGCUUUUGUGCAAAGAAGGCAUAUUAUGGCUUUCUGUGGUGAUUUUCAUUUUCAGCAAGGUGAGAGUAAUUUGUGGCAGACUGGAGACGAAUAGAAAAUAUAAGUCAUGCAUUUUUAAACCUUUCUUAGAAAACAGAAAAAAGGUGGAAUCGUCAAUAAUUUUUUCAAGGAAUACACUCUAAAGAAACUUGGUUGUUAUCUAACUAUUAAGCAAUCAUCCAAGACAUGCACCUCUCACUUUGCUGGGUCACACUUUUGAAAUAAACAAGUUUCUUUUGUUUCUAGUUGAACAUUACCUUUCCAUGGCUUGUCAACAGUGUGUUCUUGGGUACAUUAUUUUGAAAAUGGACACAAAUGUAUUGCAAAAAUUACAUAUUGAUAAUAAUGAUUUUUAAUACAUCAACACAAGUUGGUUUAGCAACAGGAGCUAUAUCUUGCCAAAAAUUUUGAAAGUGUACCAAAAAGCUGUUUGCACUUUUUUGGCACAAAAGCUUUGUCAUGUGUGUUUGAAAGAGAAGUAUUUUCUCUGAGAUUUUAUUCAGGGCAUGAACAUUUAUUUAGGAGAAGCUACAUAACAUUCCUAUAUAGUGAUAUAUUUUUUGAAUUUCAAGAGUUAAUGUUUCAGUCCGUCGUGAGGCUGUAGCAUGCUCGUAGAAAGAUAAGGUUUUGUAAUUUGAGUAUAACCUUUCUUGUGUCAGAGAAAUUAUAUGUUAUAUAUACAUUCAAUUCGUGAAGUUUGUAGUGGACAGUGGUUUUCUGUGGAAAGCAAUAUUUCAUUAAUUAUGGCUAUGAGUUCUAAAUAAAAUUUGUCUUUGCCUGA